AUGGAGGCCUGUGAAUAUUUGGAAUGGAAACUCAUUUAUGUGGGAUCUGCUGAGGAUGAGACAUAUGACCAACUUCUUGAAAGUGUGCUUGUUGGGCCUGUCAACAUUGGCAACUACCGAUUUGUCCUUCAGGCAGAUCCUCCAGACCCAUCAAAAAUCCGUGAUGAAGAUAUCAUUGGCAUCACAGUACUGCUAUUGACAUGUUCGUAUCUUGGACAAGAGUUUAUUCGAGUUGGAUACUAUGUGAACAAUGAUUAUGAUGAUGAACAGCUAAGAGAGGAGCCUCCACCAAAGGUUUUGAUUGAUAGGGUUCAAAGAAAUAUUUUGGCCGACAAGCCCAGGGUCACAAAGUUCCCAAUCAAUUUUCAUCCUGAGAACAAUGAGCAUGGUGAAGAAGCCCCUCCUUUAGCUGAGAAUGCCAUUGAGACCAAUGUGAAUGGAGAAGAACCACUCCCUUCACCUGAAGGACCAGCCAUUGAGCAGUAGG